AUGAAAUGGCAUCUCUCAUCUUUUGCACCCACCUAUGUAAAGGGAGUUGACUGCAGUGAUAUUUAUCGGGCCACUUACACAGUUUUUAGGUGUUCUCAAGUGACUGGUAUGCUGGCAGCACUUGACAGAUUGAAGAUUCCAGUUACUUUCUUCCCCAAAGAUCCUGGUGACUAUACCCAGUUUUGGGACCUUGAAUGCCAUCCAAUAUUGGAACCACAUUUCAAGCAUAAUGUGAGAUUUCAAAUGUGUGGAGAAGGUACCAGAAUUGAAAAUGUGUUGGUGAGAGUUUCUACUGAUGCUUUAGUCAAUACAGAAGCUCCAGUCUAUCCGAGAAGAAGAUCUGGUUCUGAAGCGUCUUCAUUGAGAUCUGUGCAAGAUGCACCUGCAAAGGGAGUUUUUUCUUCAGACCAAUUAUACACUUUUCCUCCUACACCAGUUGGUGAAUCCAGUACAAUAAAAGUAAACCUACGAAACAACUCUUUUACAACAUACAUGCUGAAAUUUGUUAGUCCUAAAGAGCCAUUUCACAUGAAGCAUUCCAAAUAUUCAUUGAGACCUCACCACUAUAUCAACAUACCAGUGAAAUACAAACCAUCCACCACGGGCAGGUUCGAAGGUUGCCUUGUUGUUCAGACAGGCGCCGAAGAUAUUUGUAUUCAACUUGUUGGUGAAGCACUGGCUAAGAGAUGA